AUGCCUCAGCUACUGAAAAGCAUCAUUGAUAUCAUCGAAGUUUACAACGAAUAUGCACAAACUGAUUCUGAUGGAACAUCACUGAGCAAAAAAGCCCUGAAGAAUCUCCUGCAGAGGGAGUUUGGAGAUAUCCUCCGGAGACCACACGACCCCCAGACCGUGGAACUGGUCCUGCAACUUCUCGAUCGAGAUCGUAACGGGCAUGUCGAUUGCAAAGAGUAUCUCUUACUAGUGUUCAAAAUAGCUCAGGCUUGUUAUUAUGCGCUUAGCCGGGCCACCGGGAACGAAGAGAAGAGACGAGUUAAACUAGAGGAAAAGAGCGAAAGGUCACAAGAGGAAAACCAGAGGAGGCGCGGCGCCCGGGAGAGGCAACUCCAAGAGGAAGAAGAGCUGCAAAGAGCCGAACAGGAACGCGAACUGCAGCGAAAUGAAGGGCGCCAGAAGCUGGAGAGGUCGAGCGCCUCUAAGGAAGAGCAGCUGCAGCGCCAAGAGCAAGAAAGGCGACUCCAGGAGCGCGAGAGGCGGCUGCAGGAGCGCGAGAGGCAGCGCUUGGAGGAAGAGCAGCUGCAAAGACCCGGGAGGGAAAGACAGAGAGAGAGGCAGAUCCGGGAAGAAGAGGAGAAACUGACACUGGAGCGAGAGCAAGAGCGUCGCCGCCGCGAACAGAGACAGGAGAGCGCAGAAGGGUACAGAAGGCAAGAGCAGGAGAGGCAGCAAAGGGAGCGACAGAGAGAGCGCCAGGAAGAAAGGCUGCAGGAACGUGCAGAGCAGGGCUUGGAGGAAGCGCAGCAGCUACGACGUCAAGAAGAAAGACAGGCCCGCGAGCAAGGUGAGAGCCGCGGCCUCCGACUGCAGUGGCAGCUGGAAAGAGAAGUUCAAGGUCGGCAGAACAAACUCUACUCUAAGCCCCGCAGGCAGGAGGAUGGCCAAUUCCUGGAGGAAGAGCUGAGACGCCGACAACAGAGAGAGGAGAGACAGCGGCGCCAGGAGCGAGAGAGGCAGUUGCUCGAGGAAGAGGCGUUGCAGCGUCAGGACAGGUUCGGUCAGCUGCGGGAUAGGGACGUUGACUACCGCUUCCAGGAGGAGCAGGAAAGACAGCGACGUGAAGAGGAGCAGGCUCGCCGGCGACAGAUACGCGACCAGCAGCGCCAAGAGGAGGAGCGGCGCCGCGACCUCAAAGUCCAGUGGCUGCCGGAAGAAGAAGCCGAGAGACGCCGAAACCGACUCUACUCCAGGCCCUCUGAACAAGAACGUCGGGCCCAACGAGAGAGGCAGCUGAGAGAGGAAGAGGAGCGCGAGCUUCAGCAGCAAGAGAGGAGGAGGCUCCAGGAGCAGAGGGAGCAGCUGUAUCGCGAGGAAGAGCAGCUUCAACAGGAAGAAGAGCAGCUCCGACGGCGCCAGGAGAGAGAGGAUGGAAGGCGCCUUGAGGAGCGAGAGAGGCAGCUGCGCGACGAAGAGGCGUUGCAGCGUCAGGACAGGUUCGGUCAGCUGCGGGAUAGGGACGUCGACGACCGCUUCCAGGAGGAGCAGGAAAGACAGCGACGUGAAGAGGAGCAGGCUCGCCGGCGACAGAUACUCCAGUGGCUGCCAGAAGAAGAAGCCCAGAGACGCCGUAACCGACUCUACUCCAAACCCUCUGAAGAAGAACAGCUCCGGGAGGAGGAAGAGCAGCUGCAACGCCUGGAGAGGGAGAGGAGGCGCCAGGAGCAGCGGGACAGAAAGUACCGAGAGGAAGAGCAGCUCCGGGAGGAAGAAGACGAGCUUCAGCGCCUGGAACAGGAGGUAGAAAAGAGACGUGAGGCGUUAGAAAAGAGGAGGCGCCGGGAGCAGCGAGACGGACAGUACCGGGAGGAAGAGCAGCUCCGGGAGGAAGAAGAGCUCCAGCGCCUGGAACAGGAGGUAGAAAAGAGACGUGAGGAGUUAGAGAAGAGGAGGCGCCGGGAGCAGAGAGACAGACAGUCCCGGGAGGAAGAGCAGCUCCGAGAGGAAGAAGAAGAGCUUCAGCGCCUGGAACAGGAGAGAGACAGACAGUCCCGGGAGGAAGAGCAGCUCCGAGAGGAAGAAGAAGAGCUUCAGCGCCUGGAACAGGAGCGGGACAGAAAGUACCGAGAGGAAGAACAGCUCCAGCGCCUGGAGAGAGAGGAGAAGAGGAGGCGCCAGGAGCAGCGAGAUAGACAGUACCGGGAGGAAGAGAAGCUCCAGGAGGACGAAGAGCAGAGGCGCCGGGAGCAGCGAGACGGACAGUACCGGGAGGAAGAACAGCUCCGCGAGGAGGAAGAAGAGCUUCAGCGCCUGGAACAGGAGCGGGACAGAAAGUACCGGGAGGAAGAACAGCUCCAGGAGGAAGAAGAACAGCUCCGGCGCCUGGAGAGGGAGGAGAAGAGGAGGCGCCAGGAGCAGCGGGACAGAAAGUACCGAGAGGAAGAACAGCUCCGGGAGGAAGAAGAGCAGCUCCAGGAGGAGGAAGAGCAGCUCCAGCGCCUGGAACAGGAGGAAGAGCAGCUCCGGGAGGAGGAAGAGCAGCUCCAGCGCCUGGAACUGGAGGAGAAAAGACUUCGCCUGCAGCAGCAAGACCGGCAAUACCGGGAGGAGGAGCAACUCCAACAAGAGCGAGAACAAGAAAGGAGAAGCCGCCAGGAGCAAGAUGGGAAAUUCUCGGAUGAAGAACCGUUGUACCAAGAGGAACGAGAAGAAGCGAAAAGACUUCGUCAGAGCAGAGACAGGAAGUUCCGCGAGGAGCAGGAGUUUCGCGGGCAGGACCAAGAGAGAAGGAAAAGACUCCUCCAGGCCCGAGACAGACAACUCCAGGAGGAAGAGGAGACCUACCCUCAGGAGCGAGACAGACAAUACCGUAAGGAACGGCGCUCCCAGGAGGCCCGGGACAGGCAAUUCCCGGAGGAAGAGGGCGCGCUCUCUCAGCAACGAGAGGAACAGAGACGCAGGCUGGAACAAGAGGAAGAGCGGUUCCUCAGGAAGGAGCGGGAGCAAGAACUGACAGGACGUCAAGAACGAGACAGAAGAUUUCGCGAGGAAGAGCAGCUCCGUCGCCAGGAAAGAGAACAAGAGCUAAGACGCCGUCAAGAACGAGACAGGACAUUCCCCAGGGAAGAGCAGCUGAGGGAGCAAGAACUAGAGCAAGAACAGAGACGCAGGCAGGAACGAGACAGAAAAUUCCGAGAGCAAGAGCAAAGCCUCCAGCAAGCAGUAGAAGAAGAAAGGAGACGCCGUCUAGAACAAGACAGGAAGUUUCGUGAGGAAGAACAGCUUUACAGAGAGGAGCAGGAGCAAAGACGUCGACAAGAACCAGCCAGGAGGUUCCGUGAGGAAGAACAGCUCCUCCAGCAGGAAGAGGAGGAAGAGCAGAGGCGCCGUCAGGAAGGCGACAGGAAAUUCCGUGAGGAGGAGCAGCUCCGCAGACAAGAGCUAGAGCAGGAGCAGAGACGCCAGGAACGGGAGAGGAAAUUCCGUGAGGAAGAGCAGCUCCGCAGACAGGAACUAGAGCAGGAGCAGAGGCGCCGUCAGGAACGCGACGGAAAAUUCCGUGAAGAGGAGCAACUGCGCAGACAGGAGCUAGAGCAGGAGCAAAGACUCCAAGAACGGAGCAGAAAAUUCCGUGAGGAGGAGCAGCUCCGCAGACAAGACCUAGAGCAGGAGCAGAGGCGCCAGGAACGGGAGAGGAAAUUCCGUGAGGAAGAGCAGCUCCGCAGACAGGAACUAGAGCAGGAGCAGAGGCGCCGUCAGGAACGCGACAGAAAAUUCCGUGAAGAGGAGCAACUGCGCAGACAGGAGCUAGAGCAGGAGCAAAGACUCCAAGAACGGAGCAGAAAAUUCCGUGAGGAGGAGCAGCUCCGCAGACAAGACCUAGAGCAGGAGCAGAGGCGCCAGGAACGAGAGAGGAAAUUCCGUGAGGAAGAGCAGCUCCGCAGACAGGAACUAGAGCAGGAGCAGAGGCGCCAGGAACGGGACAGGAAAUUCCGUGAGGAAGAGCAGCUCCGCAGACAGGAACUAGAGCAGGAGCAGAGGCGCCAGGAACGGGACAGGAAAUUCCGUGAGGAAGAGCAGCUCCGCAGACAGGAACUAGAGCAGGAGCAGAGGCGCCAGGAACGGGACAGGAAAUUCCGUGAGGAAGAGCAGUUUCGCAGACAGGAGCUAGAGCAGGAGCAGAGGCGCCAGGAACGGGAGAGGAAAUUCCGUGAGGAGGAGCAACUGCGCAGACAGGAACUAGAGCAGGAGCGGAGGCGCCAGGAACGGGACAGGAAAUUCCGUGAGGAAGAGCAGCUCCGCAGACAGGAGCGAGAAGGGCAGCGGUACCGUCAAGAAAUCGACUCGCAAACGCCGGGCCAGCUCCGAGACAGGCAGUCCAGAGAGGAAGACAAAAGUCGUAGGCAGGCCCAGGAAUUUAGCUCACGACAAAUUUCUAAACCAAUUGUCCGUUCCAGCCCACUCUAUGAAUAUAUUCAAGAACAAAGGUCCCAAUAUCGUCCAUAG